AUGAACAAGUCACGUCGUACAAACAGGCGCGCCGUCCACGCCAAUGGAAGUAUCUCAGACAUCCGAUUGGUGGAGAUAUGGUUGUACCUGCUCGGCGUCAUCUGGUGGCUCUUGACAGUUGUAUUCCGCGCCUGGAGACUGAACCCAGUCAGCUUCCUGUGGCACCGGAUGAGAACUAUGUACACAUUGGACGGCAAGAGUGAUCUCCCCAUACAACCCAAGUGGACGGAACGCAUCAGGGAUCUCUUCAUUUCAGAUGUCCAAAGAAAGAUCCGUCUACUUCAGUGGGUGAAGUCAAGGGUAAACCACGUGAAAAUCGACGACUUCGUCUACUCCUGGCAAGAUGGUAUAGCUCUCUGCGCCCUCCUGGAGUCCGUCAGUCCCGGCGUGUGUCCCCGGUAUCACCUUCUCAAGUCCGUGCUGAGGGUCAACAACUGCAGAUUUGGGCUGCAAAUCGCACACAAGUUCCUCAAUAUACAGCGGGUUGUCAUCACCCCGGAAGAGAUGGCCAUAGCGGCGGAAGACACGGAGCUGAAGAUCGUCCAUCUUGUUCAGAUGAUCAGAUGGAAACAUCAACGAAUGCCCAAGAUACCUGCUCACGCACGCCCAGUAGCACUUCCGGUGAGAAGGGUCUUGAGCAGGUGCUUUGCACGUGGAACCGGUCUGAAAACGGCGAUGGUUGGACGCAGAGCCAAGUUCAACAUCAUCACGGAUUGUGAUGGUACACUUGAACUCCUGGUGGAGAUAAUGGGCCCACAUGGAGAAAUGAACAGCGAAAGAAUCUCAUCCCACCAACCAGAAAGCCCACCGCGACAACAACGCGAAUCUUCUGGAAACUCCAUGAAGCCUCCAUCUGAACACAGGUCAAAGAUCAUCACCGAUAGUGAGGGCAACCGGUUCAUCCGUCAGAAAAGCUUCGAUGAAGACAGUAACCAAGCCAUACCAUUCGACUACCAAAGUAUAGGGGAGGGUCGGUUCCUUGUGACGUACGUUCCAAGAAACACCGGUGUCCAUGACAUUGUCAUCAAAUCCCACGACCACCACAUUCAAGGAAGUCCCUACCAAGUCUCUGUGUCCGAUUGGUCAAGCUCUUGGAACGUCGUAGGGAAGAGCACGAUGAUGACUUUAGGCACGCUGCCGACUAUCAGGGAGGGCGCAGCCAAGAUGAGACAACUCCAGGAGGAAGUCUCCAACAGGUUCUUGGAUGCUGGAGUCAGAUCCAGGCGCCACAGAGGCAACGCGAAGCAACUAACUAUCGCAAAACGGAGAGUUGUUAAAAGGAUGAUCACUCGAAAUGGAGAGGAGGUUAUUCUGUCGGAUUACUCCCCUUCACCAUCACUGUCUAGGCAAAGUAGUAUUGAUUUGUCGGAAGAUUCUGAAGAUGAACAGAAAAGGAAAGACUCGGAGGGAAGACCACUGACUGCAAAAGCCAACAAAGGAGAGUCAAUGUCGGAGUGUAAGACCAUCAAAGACGACAUAUACAUCCCCGAGGAGGAGACACCCAAUGACACAUCUGACUCUCUGUCAGUAGUGUCUGUGGAUUCAGAUAGCAAGAAGAAAUCCCUUUCAAAAGAGAUCAAGAAAGUGAGACCUAGUAUAAAAAAGAAAUCCUCAUCACAGGACAUUAAGGAAGUGAAAGCUAGCAUAAAGAAGAUAUCCCCAUCACAGGAAGUGGAGGAUGUUCAAGAUUGUGUUUCAGGAAGCAGUGAUCUCUCAGUCCACGACUCCACACACAAACCAGCUGUCUACACAAGCAUGUCUCACAAAAUGGGCGGAGCAGUUGAGCCUGGAAGAGAUUCAAGUGAUAAGGGAAAUGAUAACGGCGAUGAAAUGAAGCUUCUGAAGACAGGCAAUGGUGACAAACAGCGUGCUAAAAUGCUAUCAGGUAUGUCUGCAAGGAAUUCAAGCAAACAUCAGUCUAAGGAAAGAAAAGGUCACUCAGAUCGUGGAGUCAGUUCAAGCAGCACCGUCACCCCACCUUGUUUUAAGAGCAUUGUGGGCCAUCAGUCCUGUCGUCAGUCAUGGACCAACUCCAACCAUGUCGUCAUUGUGGUACCUACAGCGAAGGUUGACAAAACAACCCAAGUUACAGGUGAGGAGAUUAAGAAUGCAACAGGUUGGCAUUCUGGCGCAUUUAAAAUCAAGAAACGUAAAAUAUAUAUUAACCAAAGCAACAUCGAACAGAAGUCCCUAGCAGCUAAAUCUGAUAUCCUUUCGGAUAACGAUGACAUGAAUGGCUUUCUCAUUGGAAACGCCCAGAAUAUACAGAGAAAUGUAUUAAAUGUAGAAGAAUGGCUGCAUAGUAACGGGAGUGAUAUAUUUGGUGCUCCUUCAGACAGGCAGUCAACCUUUGAUACGUGUGAUAGUGGCAUAGCUGACGAAAAUGUCUCCUUUUGGAACCAUGGAUAUCAAAAUGGACAUCGAAGGAUCUCGAGAAGGCAACGUUCGAGUGAAAUUCAGUUUCAUCCAGGUAUCUUUAACCACCUUCAGCAAAGAAGGAGGAUCCAGUUUCAGGGAGGAUCUCGACGAGGGACAGUUCACGUUCCUUUCUCAGGGAAGGGAGAACUGGUUGAGGAUAACUGUUCGACUGAUCAGUUGAACUUUUCGGACUCAGAACUCGAGUACAGCUCGAGUCAAAUUCAGCAGCGUAAUAGGGUUCGGCUUAAAAUUAGGACCAGUUGUAAUGGUAAUACCUUGAAUCGAUCAAAGGUAUCUCCAGAGAAGGAUGAAGAUAGAUCGACCCAACAAUAUUUGAAGAGACAGGCUUCAUUUAGUGGUCAGAUUCGUAUGAAAGCGCCAUCAUCUAAGUGUCAAGGUUGUUGCGAUAACCAGAGAGAUUCAGGAGACAUCAUUAAAAGUGCUCCAUCAGACACUGUUGGGAUAAACUCAAACGAUUCUGAAAGAGUUAGCUCCCUUGUUACUGCUGAUGAGCAUGGUAAUGGGUCACAACAUUCAAUCUACGGGAGAUCACAAUCUCUUGGUGAAAGAACACUGUUGCGUUAUCAUGAUACUCUCUUAAAGAAGACAGAAGAUCCACCAAGGACGCGCGGAAGUGGAAUUGACGGACUAAACGGAGACAAACAGGACAACCCAGAAGAUGAACACAUUACCUACGAAGCUGCUGAUACAGAGACAAAAGGAAAUGAUCCACCCGUCCAAGCUGGAAAACAGGAUCAUAAUCUGAUGAAAGAAGUCGACAGCGUUAAGAUGGUGACAGGGUCUCAGUCUCUGACAGAGCGUGGUGAAGGGUCAUCACUAAAUCACUCACCUGUUUUGAGCUUGAAACAAAAUACUCAUGACGUGAAAACUAUUCAGGAAUCUUCCAACCCUGAUUCCACCCUCCCAGACUCUGAUUUCAUUGAUGAAGCAUGGUUCUCAAAACUCUUCCCGAAGUCUGUGCUGGAACUACUGGCCAACAACCCGUUCUCUGGGGCAGCUGGGGUCGGCGAGAGACUCCCUGGAGACCUGGGGGAGGAGGAGGAUUGUCUGGCGUUUGGAGCUGGAUUGUCUUAUGGCCACGUCGGGAUGAAGAACAACUUUCAGGUGAGACCGGAACUAGAUUAG